AUGUCGAUGACAACCACUAGCGGCGUCGCACUUGAGGACAUCUUCAGCAAUCCGUUUGCGCCUAAAAAGCCAGAAUCACAAAAAGUUGACAAAAAGGUGAGAAAAUUUCAAAUACGAAAUGAAUAUAACUAUUUUUCUACAGCCGUUCGUUUACACACCGUCGCCAUAUGUGCAGAUGAUAGAUCAGAUGUUGGGUACCAAGUCGCGGCCUUGGAAUCCCGAAAGAACGCCUAUAAAGCCUGCCCAGGUCUUUGAGCUGCCUCGUUUUCUCACAGAUAACCAGCAAAAACGUCCUAUCCUUUUUUUUCAAAGUAUGAAAGAAAAUAUCAAAGCAAUUUUCCUUGAUUAUCAAAAUCUUCUUUGAAAAAAGGAGUACAAUGGAAUGUUUAAAACGAUAGUGGCAAGUAUUCAAAAAAAAAAAAAUUCAACGGCUAUGAUUUGAUACGCUCAAAAUAUGACCAAGUUUCCGGAUAAGUGUGAAAAACUUUGACAAAUUUCUAAAAAAAUACAAGAGAGUCCUAGUUUAAUUGAAAAUUUUUUUAUUCUUUUUUUAUUAGCUCCUUUCAGAGAUUUAUCAUGUCUCCGUUAAAAAGAGAGUCUCUCGAUUCUAAAAAAAAAGGCUUCAGAUGCUGACAUUGCCCGAAAUGACGCGAGAGGAACGGUACGUGGCCUGGGCGAUGGAGAAUUGCGCAGUGAAGGCGACAAUCUCUGGAGUUCUGGGAUUUGGUGUCGGCGUCGCGUUCGGACUGUUCACAGCCUCCGUCGAUCCGUCGCUCUCCAUGGUCGGCGGUGACCCCACCAAGCAGGUCAGAAAGUCCCUCCAGCUUCUGGCAUUUCUUCCCAUCUGCAGUUGACACUCAAAGAAACUUGGAAGGAGAUGUCGGGAAGGAUGAAAUCUUACGGAAAGAACUUUGGAUCUAUCGGCUUCAUGUUUUCUGGUUUUUGUUCGAUUUCCGUUCUUUGGAGAAUCUUUAUCUUAGGGACUGAGUGUAUUCUGGAGACAGUACGAGCGAAGAGCGACUGGCGCAAUGGAACUUACUCAGGAGGUCCGUUUUUUUCUGUUUUUGAUUGGUGGGAGACAUGGAAGAAAAAGAAGAAAAGUGACGAUAGGUAAUCAGUUUUCUUUGUAAGAUAUUUUAAAAAGUAACAAAAGAAGCGUGAGAAAGACACAAUCGUCACGUUGAGGAUUUCCGGAGGGCGAAAGUAGUCUUGCUGAAGUAUUUCGUCAGUUCGGACCAAUUUCCAGGCAUCGUCGGAGCCAUCUUGGGCCUUCGAGCGGGAAUCGUUCCGGCGAUUUGGGGAGCCGCUGGUUUUGCAGCGUUUUCAACCGUAAUAGAUCACUACAUGAGAGGCUAAGGUCCUGAGUUUCCUUCGAUAGACGUUAUUAGAUUUUUGUUGUUAUUUCCUCCUUGUUGUUCGUGUACAGUGGGUUCCUUACUACGUUUUUGACUUUUUCGUUAUAAUCUCGUGUUUCAAAUCUCACUUAACAGGGCCUCAAAUUUAGGAUUUUCGAUGUUUAGAAGUAGCAGGUUCUCCUUGAAAAACUUUAUUUCGAUAAGAAAAAAGAGUUUGUACAAGGAAAAAUAUGUCAAGGGAGCUGUGUUUUGAAAACUAAGACAUUGGCAAAUUUUUUUGACCUUCCUUUCGAAUAUAUAUCUUUUUUUGAUAUCUCUAAGUUUUUUGCUCCUGUGAAGCUUGGAGCUCUGAGGUGUUGAUGAAAGUUUUAAACUUUCUGAACUCGGUAGUCCGCUUGGCGCCAUGUGCUUUUUUCCCCUCACACGACGGUUUUGCUAACGGCUGGACAGCAAAUUGAUGGUGGGAAACUUGGGUUUUCGGCCACCGAUGUGCUCCAUAAAUUUCCGCUGUCUCUGCCGUCCUACUGUCCUUUGCGCAAUUUUAUCGCUUGAUAUGAUUAUGUUAAUGAGCUGUGUUCUGUUGCGCAACACGAUUUACCAAUCUCCUCCUCUUGUUUGCAUGUUUGCGAGCAUUUAUCUAACAUCCACCACAUGUUCGAGAUUAUUUUUAUACGAUUUUUCGGUCUUUUUUGUCCAGAGCUUCAGAGCUCUCACGGCAAUUACACAGUUCUAUUUUAAAAAAAAACUUUAUUACCUUAAAUACCUCAUAAAAAAUUUAAUAAUCGUGUUUUGUUUUUUGUGGAGAUGGUGGGAAGUUCCAGCUGAGACUCACAAGUUUGAGUUUGAUAAUCUGUUUUUUCUAUUUUUGAACUUCCAGAAUCUAAAGUAUCUGAGGCUAAUCGACUUCCCUCACAUCCUCAGGCUUCCCCCAAAAGUUAUAGGCGGCUAAUUGGUAACACACAGGUGUGUACUAGGCGCGAGGUCGCAGUUGUCGUUGCGGGACCUUUUGAUGGCGGCUCUCUGGACUACACGUCGUAAAUCGGUCGGGUGCGACCAGCGUUUUUAUCCUAGUAGCACAAAGAAGAAGCCGUGAGUGACAGCCCACUUUGUCGCACAAGUUGUUCGGUUCGACCCGCUUUAUGACCGGCUACGCUCGUUGUAACCUCUUAAUUGAGACGGAUUGCCGGCCAAACGGUCUUCUCCACUUGGCUUACUGUGGAUGUCAGCCUGAGGUUUUGAAUUCGCUAAUGUACGGUACUUUUAAUUUUUCAUGCAUUUCAAGUCCUCAAAAACCGAAUAUUUCAAUCCCUUACAACAACGAGUUCACAAACAAGGUCUAUUUUUUUCUCUACCAAAGUAAUCAAUUAUUAACGGUGUGAAACUUUGUAGCUUUAAUAAUCCAAAAAAAAAGUUUUCCGCAAAUUAAUAACAGGAAGGCUGGAUUAUGAAUUCAUCAAGAAACUUUUUUAGAAAAGUCAGUCUCAUAUAAAAACUUACCUCCCUUGUUAAUAGGAAAAACAGUUAAAAUCGAAAAUUAGGAGGACGAUCAACUUUUUCGAUAAACAAGACUAGUUAAGCCAAAAUAAACGUCUAGUUGUGAAAGAAAAAAGUUAAUUUUUACGCUCCAAAUCACCUAGAAACUAUUUUUAUAGUUAAUUUUUUUCGAAUUGAAUUUCAAGAAGUGUUGCGUAGUACUGAUUCUGGGAAAAAUCUAUAUAGAGGAUAAAGUUGAAUUAUUCAUGGCUUGUUUGAAAAAUAUGGAAAAGAUCCUGGCUUCAUCGUAUCGAGUAUGCUUUUAAAGCGCGUGUUCACAUUGGCGAACUGCCGCUCAGCUGGGCUCUAACUAACUUUUUUUUUUGGCUUGGCCUCGAAAUUUUGAAUCCUGAACUAUUUUAGUGCACAACUCCCAAGGUGCAAACUUCUUCCAUUCUCUAGGAACCAUCGAAAGACGUUGAGACGCAUCGAUGUGUUGCUGUUACAGCGCCGUGUGGGGUCGACGACCAGGACCGAUGAGGCUGACAAAUUGCCGGGAGAUUGACGACUUCUCACAACUGUUUACAUUAGAGAACACUUGCCAAUGGUUCGGCGUCUAG